UUGUGCAUUUACUAAAAGCCAAUAUGUCUAAUGAUAAUGAAUCGGCACAACAUAAUGAUGCAAACGAGUCACUGGAAGAGAGUAGAAGUAGAGAUAAAUGGAAGUGUUUGAGCAAAGAGUCGUUGACUUGUUUGAUGUUGUCUUCAAUAGUGAUUGGACUUCCGAUUGCUAUAAUCAUUAUAUUAAUGAAUUUACCCAAACUAUCGACAAGAGGUGAUACUCGACAACAACACUAUAUUUUACUGGCGUUUGGUUUUCCUUUUUCAUUGGUUUUCAUUGUUUCCGUACUUUACGGUUCUUUCCGUAUAAUAAUGUAUUUCAAAAAAGGCAGCGACGACUCCAGUCAUCUUCAGUCACGACUUUCUUGGCGUCAUUUCUCACGACGACUGAGAUCCCGACGAUUUCGUCCGACAGACUUCAACUAUGACAGUGAAUUAAGUGCUUCCUCGAGGUUCUAUUCUUUAGUCAAUCAAGUGAUGGCACAAAAUCCACAGCAAGUCUUCCCGCAAAACAUCGACACAAAUAUUAAUGAGCCGUAUAUACAAACAAUAAACUUAAUGCCAUUCAAUGAUAACCACAUCAAACAGUCUGACGGCGUUUGAAUAU